CAACCGACGCGACACCGACGUUGUGGUGCUCGAUUCUUGGAUUUGAUUCCUGAAGGGAGCAAUUUCCUCGAUAUUCGAAUUGCCUCGAUCAUCUGGGCUUGAUGGUGAUCAGUAUCGAUCACUGAUCACUGAAUAUCUUCCGCUUUAUUAUCGUCUUGAUCAUCGUUGUCACCAUCGCGGUCACAAUAGUUAUCGAGAACGAUCUGGUUUCUAGUGAUGUUUGGUGGAGGGUUUGCAGUCGUCUUACUUUGGUGAAACGCGAUCAGAUGGUAGUCAAUGACCUCUGGAGGGUGGCUUGCAAUUGUCUCCGUUCUUGAGUGACACUGAGAAGCUUCCCGUUGACAGUGAUGGUGCAAGAGUCAACUGAUUCCUCCACAGUGAGUGUAAAGUGUUUAUGCCCAGCAUCGGAUUUAUCGCAAUUUGGCGGGAACGGGAGGCAACCUAAUUGGUGAUUGUUGAAAUUCUUGAUGGAUUCUUGAGCAAAGGCUAUCAUGGAAACGCGUUUUGAUUGCCCUCCCUACGGCCCGUCCACUGAAGAUAUUGAUUUCGCUUUCGAUUACUAAUCGCCCUGAGUUAACAUGGACAUUUACAACAAUCUUGAGCAAUCGUCAACGCUUCGGUCAAGUUUAGUAAAAAACGGUUGUAGUGAUAUUGACAUUGUUGCAGUGAAUAAUAACAACUGUGGUGGUAGUGGACAGCAAGACGACGAUCUUGACGACUUGCCGGAAGUUAGUUUUGAUGCAAGUUCAGAUUUUAACUUGGACUUCUUUGAUACCACCGAAGACUCAUCGGUGCAAGGUGGAUUUAGUGAUCCAGGAUCAGUGGAAUCUGUGUCUGUGGGAUCACCACCACCUGUGGCUGUCAAUAAAUUUUUGUUGCAUGACGAUAAUGAAUUUGCAACUGCUGAAAGAUUAUCGAGCUCCUUAAGCAGUGCCAGCGCCAAUACCAAAGCAGACCAACAAUUUGCGGUUGCCGAUUCAAACUCGAACAGUUCAGUAGUUAAGACUUUCGUUCCUUGCAAAGUUUGUGGUGAUAAGGCAUCUGGCUACCACUAUGGAGUAACAUCCUGCGAGGGAUGUAAGGGUUUCUUUCGACGCAGCAUUCAAAAGCAAAUUGAAUACCGAUGUUUGCGUGACGGAAAGUGCCUGGUAAUUCGGCUGAACAGAAAUCGAUGUCAGUAUUGCCGUUUCAAGAAAUGCCUGUCAGCAGGAAUGAGUAGAGAUUCUGUUCGCUAUGGUCGAGUCCCAAAACGUUCACGUGAACUAAACGGUACAGACGAUUCAAGUAUUCGAGUAAGUACUCCUGGAACGCCGAAUACACCAACAACUCCCCAAAUGUGUUCAGUUGCAUCACCGCCCGAACUAGGCUGCACAGCUUCAAUAGCAACCGAUGCCGAAAUACCCGGUUCUACCGAGCUCUCUGUCUACGAUGUAAUACUAUGUGUCUCGCAGGCACAUCGGAGCCAUUGUACGUACACAGAGGAACAAACUCGUGAAUUAGUUCGGCGACCAAUAAUCCUGCCGCAAAAUAGUGUUAAGGACGAAUGUGAGAUCGCUUCAUUAUCGGAAACGAUUGAGGAGCAAAAAAUCUGGUUGUGGCAACAAUAUGCCACACGAAUUACACCAGGUGUACAACAUGUUGUUGAAUUUGCCAAACGUGUACCUGGUUUCUGUGAUUUUACCCAAGAUGAUCAAUUGAUAUUAAUUAAGUUAGGUUUCUUUGAAGUUUGGCUAACGCAUGUCGCACGCAUGAUAACCGGCACAUCAUUGACUUUUGAUGAUGGAGCGUAUUUGAUGCGAGAACAUUUGGAAAUCAUUUAUGAUAAUGACUUUGUGGUAUCACUUCUGAACUUCUCAAACGCAAUAAACUGCUAUAACUUAAGUGACACUGAAAUCGGUCUAUUUUCCGCCAUGGUUCUACUAGCAUCGGAUCGUUCUGGAAUAACUGAACAUAAAAUCAUAUCACGAACCAGGGAACGUAUAGCUGAAGCCCUGAGAGUACAAAUCGUCCGAUCACGUCCUGGAUCUACAAAUUCGUUGCAACUGAUGCCGGCACUCGAGGCGAAAAUCUUAGAAUUGCGUGCAUUGGGUGCCAAACAUUGUUCACAUUUAGACUGGCUUAGAAAUAAUUGGACUAAAUUAAGGCUGCCUCCACUCUUUGCUGAGAUUUUCGACAUUCCAAAAACCGAUGAUGAUAUCUGAAGCAACAACAUCAGUAACAUGACGCAAAGAAGGAAUUAAUAUAGACAACCUAGGAAAAAAGGAUAAUAUCAGUAGGCAGAAUGACAUUGGGAAUCAUCUUAGAUACACAUCUAUUUAUUUUCAAAUAAAUACAAUAUCAUUAUAACACCUACUGACAUCACAAUGUUAUAGAGAGAAAUAACUAGCGAAAAUAUUAUUUAAUGCAUGUUCUUAAAAGAUAUUGUUGCAGUCGCGCUGCCUAUAACUUAAUUUCAAUGAUUUACGGUUAACUUAAAUCAUAUUAGCUAAAAUAUGUUAUAGACUAUCUGCUAUUACACGUAUUCACUUGAAACUUUGUUUUUUUUUUACUUCUAAUUUAUGUGUAUAUUUAGUAGAGAAACUUUGAAUAUACUGGUAACUACGUAGAUACAACCCUAAUCCAUAGCAAUUGGAAGUUUGCCAAAAUUUCGUAUUAUUUUAACUAUAAAAUAUAUAGUAAAAUUAUAACAGUAGUUAAAUCGUUAUCACUGUGAGUAGCAUUUAGAAAAUUGAAUCUCUGAAUUCUAAAGUCUACAAUCACUCAAGCUUUUACUGAAAUCUAAUUUGGCUAUUAGUAGUUAGUCGAUUACUCAAUAAAAGGCUUUGUGCUGGGAGGUUGGUUUUUUCAAGGCCAGAACUCUUUCGAAAGCAAUAUUAGGGCGUAUUGCUUUUACCCUUGAACUGAACUUCCAAUGAAAAUUAUGUUUUCUUGUUUGAAAUUUCUUAUACAAUCAAUAAUUGUUUAACUAAAUUUUCCCACAUAUCACGGAAAUGCUCUUGUUGUUUAUUUUAUUUGAUACUUUAACAUUUAAUUAUUACUUUUGUAAUUUAUCUAGACUUAAGUGAAUAUAUUAUAAAUUUAUAAUAAAUUUUUAAGCGUUUUAAACUCAAAACUACCGAGAAAAAUUUUCUUUUUGGAAUAUUUUUUGUUCGAUUUAAUAUUGUAUUUCUUGUUUUGAUAUAAAGUAUAUACAAAGAAAAAGCAUAA